AUGUUUGGAGGCGCUGCAAGCGUGUCGACAUCCGCCAGUGCAGCCGCAGCCGCCAACGCAGCCGCAUCCACCCACGCAUCAAUGCCCCCUCAGGGGGUUCUGGGGGCUGCCAGCGUACAGCCACAUGUCAGCGUUCGAGCGCCGUCGGUGACCAUCGCCGUGCUGCUUUUAACUCAGAUCCAGUUUCUCGCGACGCUGUCACUGGUGGACUCCACAGGAGCUGAGGACUCGCUGCUUUCUGAGCUCACCCAAAAUCUCAGGUGGGUGAAUCUCUGGCCUCCGGAUUCGGUCGGUCGGACUUUCUCAUCGGGUGGGGAACGCCUUUUUCAGCAAGACGGCUCAAGAGCAUGCGGAAUCGAGCCAACUUCGGCCAGCGACAUCGGCGCCCUGGUCUUCUUGGGCAACAUCGGUCUGUUCACCUCCCUCCUCCUCGGUAUUGUUGUCAUCCACAUCGUGCUGGUGUCUGCGGUCGAGGCCUACUGGUUGUCGAAGGAACGCGCAAUGGAAGAAUUGACCAAGGCCCAGCGCCGUGGUAUUCCCAUCCGAGGGCUCGGGGCACGGCGGGCCUCGAGAGUGGCGCACAGCCCGGACGCAGAGUCUGAUCCCGACGAGCUGGCGGCCUCGGCAUCCAAUGACGGGGCAAUGUCCCGAGAACACGCCGCCGCCGACUCCGUGGACGUAGGCGUGGACUUCGAGGAAGACGGGAUACCGAUCCGGUCGCGCCCCAAGGGUCUUCGAGCAAUGCUUGCGGACUGCCGGUAUCGGUCGAGCUCGGUCUGGCUCUACUUUCCCCACAUCGAGCUCUUGUUCCUGCUGUUCGCGUUCGAGGGGGCGAUGGCAUCGCAGCUAGCGACGAUGCGCGGAGGUGGAUGCCCGUGGGUGUUCUACUCGGCGUGCGCGUCCUUGGUCGUUUAUCCCGUCCUUAUGAUCAUUCUGAGCUACCGUACACACCGCGUACGAGUGGCACCCGACACGCUGAUUGUGUUUAAACCGGUCGGUGAAGAAGAGAAUCAUGGCACCGAUGGUACCGUUCCCCGCAGCUUCCUCUCCAAGGUCCGGACCGGUCUAAAAGAAGAUCACAGCAUGUUCGCAUGGGCGAACACGGGGGCGUGGGAGACUGUGGAGACUCCGGACGAAGAGACUGUGCGGGAAGGAGACCAGUUCCGGAUCGGGUUCGAGCCGCUUUUCGUGGAUUUCACCAAGAAAGCGUCUUGGUUCACGGUGUACUUCCUUCUAGAGAUGACAGGUAUCGCGUGCACUGCGGUGUUGGUGGACGACAGCGUCGUGCAGCUCUUCUUGUUCUGCGGCCUGCACUCCUUGUCCUUCCUCCUGCUCGUCAUCUUUAGGCCGUUUGCUAACAGUAUCAUCAACACCAUGGGGGCAUGCUUGACGUUGAUCGACGCUGCCUCCAUGGCAAUGCUAGCUGACACCGCUCACCGAUGGCAACGGACAUCGAGGGCAAAGCGAAUGGACACGGCCGUCGUGGUCCUGCAACUUGUGGCCCUCGUGGCGCUGAUAAUCCCGAUGUACAUUGAUGCCUCCACCGUGAUCCUGGGAGCUAUUCGUGAGAAAAUACGAAGUUUGACCAAGAGCAACACUUGCGAUGACGGUCGAACAGAGGAGGAAGCGAAAGAAGAGCGCAAGUUCAUCCGCGGUUACAUCUUCAGAGCAUGGGGCCCCACGUGGUGCCGCAUGCUUGGGAGCAACGUGCUUGCUUGCGUGGCGGACACGACCAGGGGCACCCGGCGGGUCAACACGUCCGCGGCACGAACGGGGCCUCAGCGUAAUGCCGACGCCCCCGUAGUCGCCCGCACAGUCGACACGGCCGCGCGGUAG